UUUAAUUUCAGCGUCACAACCAAAUCUAAACACGAUUCGACCAUAUAAUAUUUAUUGAAAAUAAAAAAAUGGGCAGAGACGUAAAAUGUACUUUCGGGACUCGGAUGGCGAUAGAUAUCCAUAUGCUAAAUGAGAUGAUAUAUAGAGAAGUCAAGCACUUCCGUAACUAUAAAAUAUACAGACCCAAUUUCGGAUCAAUUCCGGUAACUGGUAAAUUCUAUGCGGCCCAUGAUCAGUUAAAAGCAGAAUCGAAGGAACAAACUGAGAAAGUUGAUAACUACCAUCAUAACGUCGCUCAGACAAGGGCUAAGGGACCGCAUAGCAAGUACCCCUCGCCGGCCACCGAGAAUCAAGUGUAUGGUUGGUACGAUAAACCUCUAGUUCCAAUGGAUCGCAACGAUCGACGAUUCUAUCAUCCAAAGAGAGAAAGCUUACAUACAAAGAUCGAAAUAAUCAUUCUCAUGUCAAAUCCUAAGAACAGAAAUUAAAUGAUAUUGUAAAAACUUUAAAAAAGAAACCGCAGCGAGAAGUAACAUACACUGUCAACUGAGCCAUCUUUGAAAUGAUUGGGUAUUAGCAAGCUAGACAUAUCAUGGUCAUCGCUGAUUGGUUGGUUGCUGUUGAAAUUAAUUACCGUUCGACCGCACCGAUCAAUCUCAUUCGUGAAAUAUUCAUCUGCAUUUGGAACGGCACAUCAAGAUUAAAUAGUGAUAUUAACCAAAAUAAUUACAACAGUAUGUUUA